CAUCGCUCCCGCCUUCUCGCCCCUCCUUCCUCAUCCACACCAACUCCUUUUGUUUGUUGCAACGCAUUCUGGCCCGAGCCUGCCUCGACGCAGAACUCGCGGCGCAGCUUCCACACACCCGCGCGGCAGCAAUGCCGAUGAUGCUCCGCCUCGCCUCCUGGUGCGCCGCCAAAGCGCAACACCCCUUCCUCAACAAGCCCAACGCCGACAUGACGGCGGCGGCGGAGCAGUGGGGCGUGGUGUGCGACGGGGUAAGCGGCGUCGCGCCCCGCUUCAACCCGGAGGACCUUUCCUGGGACCUCCGGAACUGCCUCCGCUUCUUACUCCGCGAGCGGUUCCACUGGGCCUGUGACAAGCAGGAGUUCGACGCCCAGGUGGUCCGCGAGAUCGGCGGGGACGUGCGGAGCAUGGCCACGGACGCUCCUGCGGCGUGGGCAGCGAGGCUCCUGCAUCUCGCCAUCCAGACCACUACGCUGCACGGCUCCACCACGGUCGGGUUCUUUUCGGUGGCCGGCACCAAGAUGUCCUACUGCCACAUUGGGGACGUAUCCAUCCAGGUGUGGCGCAGGUCGGCCCUCACGGGAAGCUACACGCGCUGCUUCAUCACCAGAGACCACCACGUCCGCAUCGCCACGGAGUCAGGCGAGGUGAUGGGCCCGAAGCAGGUUUCGUUUUUCCCUGGCGUGAACAGGGCGGGCGACGACUUGGAGCGCUCCGUGGCGCAGGCCGACUACGGCGUUGUCCAAUUGAGCAAGGGCGACAUCAUUAUAUGCUGUUCCGACGGCAUCACUGACAACGUCCCGUACGAUGCCAUGAAGUUCGUGCUCACGCGCGCAGAUUCCGACGCGCAGGCCGCGGCCGAGCAGAUGAUCGAGUGUGCGCAGAUGCGCGGCGCGCCCAAGCCCGACGACAUCUCCAUCCGAUCGGCCCAGUGGGCGUACUGGCACGCCAACGAGGCAGCCAACGUGCCCGCCCAAGGCAUGAAGUCGCUCGGCGUCCACAUGUGCGUCGAGGGCAUGACGAGCGACGUGCUCGUUGCUGCGUGGGAUAGGGCGAAGAACUUGAAAAAGGCCACCCCCCUUGGCAAGCCGAAGAUCGACGGCAGUCUCGACCGCAAGGGCUCGGUGGGCGUUUACGACCUGCCCGUCAAGCCAUGGAGCGCUCGCGGCAACGCCUCCAUAAAGUCCGUUGUCGACAUCGUCACUGACGUCGACGCCGCCGAGAUGGCCGCUGUGGACUGGGCCAAGGUCAAAGACAUUAUGGCAGAAGGCAAGUACAAGGAAUUGCCGCCGCCGUUCUGCUUCAGCGACCCGGAGGCAGAGCCCCCUUGCACGAUGAAUCUUGCCGUCACACAGAGAGUCGCAGACGGACUCCCAAUCGUCGUGAAGUGGAUUCAGUUCAUUGGCGGGGAGAAGAGCCCCUUCGUGAGGGACAGCAUUAUCCGCGGCAACAUGCACGUUUUGGACUGGCGCAAGGACGUGUUCAACUCUGCCCGCACGAUGCAGAUCCUGUUCGAACGCCUCGGUGGUGUCCAAGCGCGAUACUGGGAGUUCGUGAGCGCGCCCGCGCCCAGAGCUGGCGGCGGCGACGUUGACGUCGAUCAGAAGGAGAAGGAGCUCUCGGCGGGCAUCCAGCACAUUAAGGACGAAGCCCCACGCACAAAUGCUGACUGCGAACAGCUGGAGUGGGUAGAGUGCGAGCUGGUGGGCCCUUCGUCGCCAAUUCACAACCUCAGGCGGGGGCUCAUCAACGCGGUCCUCAAGGUGCUGCGGGACCGCGACCAUUUCGCCAACAAGCUGGUAUACUACCCCAUCCUGCUCCCAGAUGUCCGCGAUGAGUACCAGGGCGCCAUGCGGCGCGCCAUGGAGAUGCUGGACACCAACACCGUCCUGUGCGUGGGCGAGGCGGGCUUCGGCAAAACGCCGUUCAUGAUGUCGAUGGCCAUGGCCAGCGCCAGGCACAACGCCGACGCGGAGAACAGGGCGACUGGCCGCGCCGACGCGGUGGCCGCCGUGCGGACAGCGCCCGACAUGGAUUUUUUCCGCGGUGAAGUCGGGCAGCGCUGGGUCCCUUGCAUCUUCGACGACGGUGACCUGGCGGAGCAGAGGCCCAAGGUGUUGAAAGCAUUCUUCGACGCCACUCAGGCGGAGGCCAUGACGUACGUCAGGUGGGGGGCGGCGAAAUUCGUCCGCGGGCAGGCCCGCUUCGGCGGGGAGAACGAAUACGACGCCAGCGCAGCGCCGACAGCUACGCAGUGGGCGCUGGCAUCCACAGGCGCCGACGCCGCCCAGAAGACGGCCGCCAUCCUGACCGACAUGCUCAAGCCAACGUUCCCGAAGAACUUCUCGCCGAGCAAUGUCGGCGCUAUGCUGAAACGCUGCACCGUGUUCUUGAACACUCCGACUGACAUGUUCUUCAGGCUCGCUGGCACCGAGAGCCGCGUGGAAAAGCUCCCGUUGAUGGAUGGGUACCUCAAGCCCGAGGCGGGCAAGAUGCUGCGCUCCUACUUGGCCCGCGGGGUCAUGCGCGACGAGGAGGAGUUCGACAGGGUCAUGGCUUACGAGAAGAAGAUGGUCAUGGAGAUCAUGGCAAAGCGCGGCGUCGAGUACGGCGUCCCCGCGGAGGAGGACCCGUUCGGCUUGGGCGGCUCCAUGAUCGGCGAGCAGGCGGAGGCGCCCGCGGCCGCCCCUGUCGUGCCGACGGCGCCCAUUAAGCGGGAGCCUUCCAAUGUCUUCAGCCGCAACUUGCGCCAGAACGGGCCCGUCGAGAUCGACCUCUGCAGCCCCUCCCCGUUGAAGAAGAAGGUGAAGUUCGAGUCGGGCACCGUCCCGCUGCAGAAGGUGAAGCUCGAGCCAGGCUCCAGCGACGCGGUGGGGCAGGACGAGUUCGGGCAGAAGCCGCCGAAGCCGCGCAAGCUCUCCCUUGUCUUGGGGGACAUCAUGGCUCAUGAGCUGAACGGCGCGGCGGGGCUCUCGCCAGACUCUGACGUCGCGACGGAGCAGGGCGCCGUGUCACUCACCCAGGCUCUGGAGGAGGUCGUGGAUCAGGUUCAGGUUGAAGCGGGCGUCGACUCGCUCGCGUACCAUCGCGAGUGGUGUUCGCUGAAGUAUCAGGCCUUCCAGGAGUUGCUUCCCCUGUGGCAGGCGCGUUCUCUGCUGCAUGACGAUAUCCGUGCGCGCGUCGCCUCUUUCCUGGUCCCCACUGAGCCGUCGUGGACGUGGAUUCCACGGGCGGCGCUGGUCCGCGCGGACAACGACCCUGUGCUGCCGUACGUCUGCUGCUUAGCGAGCAUGGAACUCCUCCACUGGAUGCGCCCCGCCGCGUUGGCGGUCGGCUUCCCCGCCGACGCCGUGCCCGCCUCGCAGGAGGGCGCGCGGCUGCGGGUCAAGUGGCGCUUGAUGGAGAUGCAGAUGUAUUGCAUCUACGACGAGCUGGAGGACGUCAGGGCGAAGAUGGCGACGCUCGACAAGACCAUCGAAGGGCUGAGCCGCAUGCGGCCGCGGGCGACGUGGGCGCGAGCCAGGGUCGUCGGCCAGAGCCGCGCCAUGGCGCCUGGGCGCGUCUUCCCUGCGCCUAAGCGGGGCAAGGCGCGCGCUGUCCUCAAGACGGGGAAGCCCAAGCGGAAGGCCCCGAAGCACGCGGGAAAGACAACGGCGAAAAAGACGGCGCCAAACCAGAGUGCGAGGAAGGUGCCUUACGUGCGGCACGGCAAGAGAACUUGCACGUCCAGGCCGGAGCGCGUUGCUUUCAAGAGGAACGCGUUCGAUUUCAUACGCGCAAGUGACCGCGAGAUCGUCGACAUGUUGCUCGAGGACCAGGUCUUGGAGAAUUUGGAAGGCCAGACGUGCUCUUUCUGCACGAAAGGAACCCUCGGCCCCCUGAAGGACGUCCAGGGCCGUGGACCGCGGUACCGCUGCAACCACAAGGGUUGCCAGAAGUUCUCCUUGCCCCAGAGCGGGCACAUGGUCUUCAGCAGCGGCUCUGGCGUUGCCGCGGUGCCCUUGCAGGAACAGUCUGCCGUGCUUUUCGCUGUCGUGAACAACGUCCCCCUUGCCAAGAUCCAUGCGCUCACGGGCAAGAACCACAAGGCGAUCGAGAGCAUGAGCAAGUUCAAUGAUGCGUGCCGAAAGAGCGACGUGCAGCAGCAGGAGAAACUGAUUUCUUUCGGAGGAAAGGGGCGGACGUGGAAAGAUGCCGAGGCCGAUGAGGUCGACCUCAGGGGCGAUCUACUGCCUGAUCACGCGGAGCGAGCUGAGAACGAGCGGGUCCAGUGGGAGCAGUGGGGCGGUGUCAUCGAAAGAGGCAAUCGCAAGACAUUGGUGUUGACGCGCCUCAAGCCAAGCCUCACCAAGCAGAGGGCGCCAGGCCCAGGCGCGAUACGCUUGCCUGAUUGGACGCCGUUCGCUCACAAGAACUUGAGCAACAGGAACGUUGUGCUCCACACGGACGGGGCAAAAACGUACAAGGUCAAGGUCGAGGGGAUGCUCCACGACCACGUCGUGCACCAGAGGAAGCGGCUCGUGAAGAAUGGCAAGCCCGUGAAGAAGAACGGCCGCCAGGUGUGGGUGAAACCCACGUACGCCAAGAAGUUUCAGCAUAAACUUCCUGGUGGACGAGUCCUCAAGUGCAAAGGCGGGACCCAGAUCAUCGACAGGUUCUGGCAGCACUUGCGCGGCUUCAUCAAGACCAGGAAGAGCUCCGUUGGCUCGGUGUCAUUGAACGCCAGGGUCCGAUCGGCCCAGUGGGCGUACUGGCAUGCCAACGAGGACCUGUGGCUGGAGACUGGCAAGAUGUUCAGCCGCUU